AAAAGAAAGUUGAGAAGAAGCGGAGAUGAAGUGCUAGUGUUAGGGUACACUGCCCUUUCUCACCAACGGACCAUGGUUUCACUUCCGUGACUCGCCCAAUCCCAAGAUGUCGACCGUAUCUUGCGACAAGGAUUUUCAUUAUCGUGCUUCUGUGUUUCAAGUGGAUUUUAACUCCUGAUGAGACAUGGUUUGAAGGUGAAGUCUGUUAAUUAUGUGAUGAAAAUAGGUGGCUUGUGCCAUGACUAAUUUCUACAUUUUUGUAAUUCUUCAUCCUUCACCUUGUUAUUACCAACUUGACAUCUAACCAAGGAUAGGCUGAGAGCAUUCAGAGUUGGGUUUAGUGUGAUAAUCUGAAAAAAAAAAAAAGAGAGGCUAAAACGGGGUCACUUUGUUGUGUGGCUUCAAGGCCACAUGGAUCAAAUGCAGCCAAUAGGGAGUGGUCCAUGGGUCUUGAUGAACCCUACUGGCAAAGUAAUACAAGCUUUUCACCUCUUCCAUCAAGAUGGGAUUUCCAAUUUCAGUCUGAAGGGCAUCCAUACAGUUUGCAAGAUGGUAUUCAACUCUAUGAAUCUUCUACCUCAUCAGAUGGUAAAGACAGUAGGGGCUUGGUCAGUGGCAAUUACCUCUAUAAUAUGCCUUAUUCUGCUUCAGAUGGUCCUGGGAUCUUCCUCAGUAAUUCAUCUGACUCUAAGAGUCCUCAGUGGAUGCCUCCAGCAAUACAGGAAAUAAGUAUUCCUGAUUAUGAAACUGCAACUAGGAAAGAUCCUUCUUUGAGCCAGAUAUUCUUUACACCAAACAAGGAGGUUACUUCUGAAAAUCUGGAUAGUGGAGACUCUGCAUCAUCCCAGUCAGAUAGCAGUGAGUCUGAAUCUGCUACAAAAUCAAGUUUAUCCUCACGAAAGAAUUUCUCUAAGCACUGUUCUUUCAUCACCAAACAUGUUCUUCCUUUGUCAUUUCCAAACCUUACAACUAAUAUGGUAGCCUUUGAACCUGCCGAUGCAGGUUUCUCAGAGUUUGAUGCUUCCAAUCCUCUCAGAGAUGCCCAGCAUUGGAGUAGUGCUAGCAGUAGUCUGGAUUCUGCAGAUGUUUGUGAGUUAUUUGAAUCUGAAACUUCUGGUUGCCCACGUAUUCCUUCAGAUGGACCUAGGUGCAGUUUGUGUGAAAGAUUUUUAUCCCAUAGAUCACCUUGGAGUUCCCGUCGAAUUGUGAGAAGUAGAGACAUGCCUACAACUGGGGUUCUUCCCUGUUGUCACACUUUUCAUGCUGAGUGUUUGGAGCGAGCAACUCCGAAGACACAUAAAAAUUAUCCUCCUUGCCCUCUCUGUAUAAGAUUGGAGGGGGAAAAUUCCUUUGAUCAACAAGAUCUUUCAAGACUGAGAAAUGAUUUUCCAAGGCUUCGACCAUUUUGUGAGGAUGGAGAUGGACGCUCUAGAUCUUGGGCCUCUGCGCAGGCGGGUGGUUGUGUUGUAGGGGCUUUGCAUGCACCACCAUGCAAUGCUAUGUUCUUGCACAAUCGGAAUCGAAGUAGAAAGAAUCUUUCUUUGAAGGAUAAUUUAAGUAAGGAAAGUCAUUGUAAGGUAAGGAAAAGUGGACCAUUUUCCUUACAGCUGUUUGGUGGAAGCUCAGCUGAACAGGAAGCAGUUGGUUGCUCUAAGGUACCUCCAGGCCCAAGUUUGAAGAGGUUAUGGGAAGAUUCUAGACCUGUAAACGUGGAUGGAAAGUUGUAAUUUAAAUGAUAUCCAUUUUUCCUUGAAGUUCAGAAGAUUCGAGUGAAAUUUUAUUGUAGGGGUUCGUAAUCAGCUGUUGUAUAGAUUGACAUGUUGUACUUCUAUUGAAAUUUGAAAGUCAUGAUUGGAAUUGAAUCUUCUGGUUCACUGUUUAUGGUUAAUACUUUAUCGAUGGUUGAUAAUAAACUGUGAUGACAUGGCAAUAGAGAGAAGCAACUUUAUGACACCGAUCAUAUGAAGCAACGUUUCUUGUAUAAAAGUGAGGCCACUAAAAGAGGGAAAUAAGCAGCAUACUUAUGUUGCUCUUAUUCAAGUAAUCCUUGUGUACUAUAUGAAGGGUGAGAGGUUAGCAACAUUUAUUGGUGGCUGUAUAAUGAAUGGAUAAGCUUUUUGAUCCCUCGAGUAUUUUGUUUGAUAUUUUCUGAGUUAAUUUUUGGAAAGGAAGUGAAGGACAAGACUUAU